CUAGAGACAACGAAAGCAUUGUAGUCAGCUCUUAAGUGAUUGUUAUACCGUGCAUAAUGCCCUUACUUGCUCCCAUCUCGGAAAAUGGAAGGCCAUUGAGCAGCGUCUGUUCAUUUUGCGGAGGGUCGCAAAGGAAAAUUAUGUCGCUUGACUGUGGACAACACUACAUAUGUGAUGGUUGUUCCUAUCGUCGCGGUAUCCGCUCUGUUUGUCCUUUGUGUGCAAAUUGGGAAAAGCACUCCAUUGAAAGCUCCCAUUAUCGUGGAGAAGUUUUUUACGCAAACCGAAAUAACAACGGCCCGUCCAUUUUUCUACCUGGAGAUCCCAGUUCUGUUACUGAGAUUUCAAAUCCUUACUCCAAUCCCUCAACCGCUGCUCAUAUUCCCCUUUGUUGUGAGGCCCAGCAGAGCUCCCAAGCUGGUUUUCCGCUCCCCUCUCACACCCCAUCCAACUCUGCGGAGCGUCCAGAGUUGCCCAUCUACUGCAAUGCGACGCCGCUCAGCGCGGCUCCGCACGUGGUGCCUCUCAACGGAUCGUACGAUCCCACCGGAGUCCCCGGAGGCUCUGUCCUUCCCGAUGUCCCCGUGUACGGCUCAUCGCUCGCCCCCGCGGACGCCUCCCUUCCCCUCUCGCCGGCCUACCCGCCCGUCCCUUUACCCCCCGGCUCCUCUGCUUCCAUUGGGUCCGCUGGAUCCAUGGCGCCCCCCAUGGCGCCCCCCAUGGCGCCCCCAGGAACGUCGGCGGAGGCGGCUGCGGAGCUGCAGCGGGAGAUCGAGUGGUCCAUGGUGCCGCUGCCCGUGGGCGACACCUGCGUCUCCGACCUGCCUCGCUCCGCCGCGCCGCUGGCCAUCCCCGUGACCAGCUCCAACCACGCCAGCGCCGCGCUGCCCGUCUACACCGCCAUCCCCGCGCCCCCCAUGGCGCCCGCCGGCGGCACGCGCGGGCUCUUCGGCAAGCUCAAGAGCUCCGUGCGCAGCGCGCUGGGCCGCGCAGACCGCGCCGCCGGCGACCCGGUCAGCUACUACCGCACCCCCUCCGCCACCUCCGCCACCCCCACCGGCUACGCGGCCCGGCCCGCCGUCUACCCGCCCGGGCAGUUCGGUGGGAUCCCACAGGCUUCGAACCGUGAGGGAUUGUACCCGUCGGGGGAGGCGGUGCCUGCGGUGCCUGCGGUGCCUGCGGUGCCUGCGGUGCCUGCGGUGCCCGCGGUGCCGGGGAUCCCCGUGCUGAAGUCGUCGAAGUCGUCGAGUUCGGUAACGAAGCCAGCGAAUCUGGUGCUGCAGAGACAACAUGAAAGGCUCGAUGAAGAGACGGUGAGAAGGUUUUUGAUGUCUGGAAAUUGAAAAUAAUUGUGCCAUAAUUAGUGAA